CAUAUGCUAAAAAAAAUUAAAAAUUUUUUAUAACAAGGGGCUCUUAAUCGAUUUCUCUCAAACAAACUCUGGUCUGCGAUGGCUGGUGUCUCUAGGGGAAGCGGAUGGUCUUCGGAUGUAAGGAAAUACGUAGGGACAGACCUGAACGAGGGAGUAAGCCAUAGGCCAUUGGUAGGGAAUGCAGGUACCGCCGUUAGAGAGAAGGCAUUAGAAGUGGAGAUGGCAGCGAGGAAGAUAAAAAUAGGUGCAGAUGCUUUUGGCGUGAAAGGUGGCUCAUCUACUAGUAAGAAUAGAAGAAAAGAAGAACAAGAAGCGUGGGGUGAGGAAGGUUUGGAGGCCGAAUUUUCCUUAGAACAGAUUAGCAAUGAUGACUACUAUAUGAUCAAAGUUUUUCUCAAGUCUUACUUAGUGGACGUCAGUUUUAACGUUUCUGAGCUCGCACAGCUGAUCAUAGAGCAAAAGGAAAAAAUUGGUUCUGCUAUUGUGGUAGAAGGACAGGAGGAUUUGUUUGGCUUCAUGACUGUGAUUUCGUGCAGGACACAUUGGGAGAAGUCAUGCAUUCGGUCUAUCUUGAAGUAUGUGCACGGGAAAGUGCUUAACUCGAGCCGAUACGAGGAAUGGAAAAGAAUUUUAGAAGAUGCAAAUGCCAAAUUGGCGCUGAUCGUGUCUGAGCGAAUCUGCAACUUGCCACACAAAUUAGGCCCACCGAUGAAUUUAGUUACGAUUCAGGAAGUCUCUAAUUUGGGCGAGACGUUUGAUUACUAUCUAAUUCUGACAACCAGAUACAAGGACGCGGAAGAGCUUGAGCAGACGAGCUCGAUGCAGCCGAUUGCGAAGAGAUCUAGGCAUUUACCCAGUGAAAAUCCGAAUGGCGGCGCAUCAAAAUCCUCCACAAGCGAUUCGAUUUAUGAGUACUACAAAAUCGAAGACGAGAUAUACAGAGAACACGCCCUUUUAGAACACAGCAUAAGGAUCAAAAAAUUCAACGAUUCUAAAAUCUGGACCUUGGGGAGAUUCACCAAAAUGUCUAAAUUAUUUAUGAUUAUAGAAAGUGCUCAGAUGCCGAGAAUAUUAUCCAGACUGAAGGAAUUAGGCAAAACUGUUUAAAGGAAAACGUGCCACAGAAAAAAAUGAUGCAUAUAGGUUCAAUCUGUCAAAAAGCAGAGGCAGCGAUUCCAGCGAGGUGAAAAAACAAAGGUCGGCUGCAAGCAAUAAAGUACUAUGUUUGUCAAUAGGGUGUACAGGUAGCAGACCAACGCAAUAGAUAAUAGCAAAAUACCAAUAUCAGAUAAAAUAGAGGUGCAACGUGAAUGAUAUUUUCAAGUCUAAUAUGUAUACAUGUUUUUUGCAUGUUGUCAAUUAAUGUGUAAUUUUGGAUAUACUUUUAGUUCGCGCCACGCUA